AUGUCACGUAUCGAUAAUUAUACCACGCCUCACUAUUUUUUGCCACAUCACGGUGUGUUCCGCGAGCACAGCACGACUACGAAAUUACGAGCUGUGUUUAAUGCAAGUCAAGCUACAUCAAGUGGUAACUCACUCAAUGACCUUCAAAUGACUGGGCCACCCUUACAAAAUGACUUAUUUGGCAUUCUGUUAAGAUUUCGGCAAUAUACCUUCGUAGCGUGUGCUGACAUAGAAAAGAUGUUUCGCCAAAUUUUAAUACAUGAAGAAUUCCGAAAGUUGCAAUUAAUUUUAUGGCGUAGUAAUCCUUCUGAAUCCAUCUCUGUGUAUCAACUAAAUACUAUCACAUAUGGCACUGCUUCUGCUCCGUACCUAAGCAUGCGUUGUGUUAGGCAAUUAGGACAAACGUGUCCAGACAAACUGACGUCACGUACUAUUAUAAAUGAUUUUUAUGUAGACGAUCUAAUCACAGGAAGUGAUGACAAGUCGGAGUUGUCUUUAUUGUGUACUAACGUCAGCCAAGUUUGUAAGUCCGGUUGUUUACCACUUCGUAAAUGGAUUUUUAACUCAAAUGAAAUCGCAAAUGCAGUUUUGGGUGGGCAGACCAGUGAUUCUAAAUGCUUGUCACUCGGAGAGAACAUCGGUUCUAGCAAAACUUUAGGUUUAGGUUGGUACAAUACUAGUGAUGAAUUUCAUUUUACCUCACAAAUAAACAAUAAGAAAACGGAAGUAACUAAACGCUUAAUUUUAUCGGUCGUGUCGCAAAUAUACGAUCCACUGGGUCUGCUCAGUCCCAUAGUCAUAGUGGCAAAGACAUUAUUACAAAAACUAUGGUUGUGUAAAAUUGGCUGGGAUGACUUAGUACCUAAUGAUAUAAAAACAUGCUGGGAUAGGUUUGUAAAUUCUUUAUAUAAUCUACAAUCUAUACGUGUACCUCGUCAUGUAAUCGGGACCGACCCAUUUAUUAUAGAAUUGCACAUAUUUACUGACGCGAGUGAGAUGGCAUAUGGCGCGUGUGCCUAUAUUAGAACGAGUAGUAAUGACGGCCGCGUAACUGUACAUCUUUUAUGCUCAAAAUGUCGGGUAGCUCCAAUAAAACCAAUCAGUAUUCCGCGCCUUGAAUUGUGCGGCGCAUUAGUAGGUGCUAAAUUACAAGAUAAAAUAGUCAAAUCACUUCGCGUUACGUUUGAUUCUAUUGUUUUCUGGACAGAUUCUACCAUUGUGCUGGGUUGGUUGAACACGUCACCUCAACUAUUAAAAACAUUUGUUCAAAACCGGGUUGUAGAAAUCAGUGAACUAACUGAUAAGGCAGUUUGGUUACACGUAAACGGAAAACAAAACCCUGCCGACUUGUUAACUCGCGGGAAAAGCCUGGAUGAACUUAAUGGAUUGUCUUUGUGGUGGAAGGGACCUGACUUUCUUCACGAAAAGAACCAAGCGAUUAUGAGCCGUUGACGCCAGGUCAUUUUCUCAUUGGCCGUCCACUGACCGCCCCUGCUGAGGAAGACGUCACCAUCAAGCCGCUGCACGCUCUCACCCGCUACAAACGGAUAGAACAACUUAGAUUGCAUUAUUGGAAGCGGUGGUCAACCGAAUAUAUC